AUGGCAAUUCCAUGGAGCAGCAUCAAGUCUCUCCUCAUCUUCUUCGGGCCCAUCAUCGUGCCCCGAGCACUUAGCUACUACCGCUCGGUUCGUAAUGCACCACGAGUCCAGGGCCUUGCCGUACGACCUCUUCCUCCCAAAGCAGCGAGAUCCCUCGCGAUUCUGUUCGUCAUCGCGGUGCUCUUCCUCAUCAAGACCAUCCCCAUCCUCGCACCCGAGAAUGUCUUCACCAGGACACAGUCCAGACUGCAGAUACCGACGGAUGUGCUCUUCACCCGCCUAUCUGCGCUGAGACCGAACAACUCCCUGACGCCACAGGACGAAGCCCUGCGCGCCCGCUUCGUCAACCUCGAGAGCCGCCUGCUCUACCUGCAGUUCGGCCCGGACGUCCUCGCCAACUGCCCCUUCUGCGCCGCCGACGAGCCGCGCUCAUACCUCUACUACGCGCUGCCCGCCCUCGCAUGGCCGCACCUGCUCAACCUCGUGGUCCUCGCGCUCGUGACGUCGACCCUCGUCAGCGGCCGCGAGGGCGCGCAGUGGCGCACGACGGCGACCAUCGCCGCCGCAGCCGUGGGGCUCGCGGACGCCUACGCCGUCAGUGUGUACCCGUACCAGGGCAACGCGCGGGCGCUGCGCCUCGCCGAGACGGACUUCUUCUUCUGGCGCGCGCGGACGUACCGGCACCUGGCGCUCGCGGGGCUCGACGCGCUGCUGGGCUGGCUGCUGUGGCUGUCGGCGACGAACCGGGCGUUUGCCAGCCCGCCGUCGACGGCCGAGCGCCUCGAGAGCCUGUCGCGGGCCCUGGGCUCGGUCAAGAGCAAGAUCAGCGCGGCGGGCAUCGUCAAGAACACGGCGAGCCGCGACGAGGAGCUGCGGGGCGCCUCGCAGGUGUACUGGAACCACGAGGUGCGCAUGAUGGGCGAGGUCAUGGAGGAGCGCGAGGUGAUUGAGGGCGUCAAUGAUGCGUUGCAGAAUCGUGUGAACAUGGAAGCCAUGAGCCGGGAUGCGGACACGUACGCAAAUGCCGUGCUCGAACCGUUGCAAUCGACAUUUAGACAGACAAAAUAG